AUGAAAUACGUCCCAGAAAUGAAGUCUCCACCACACCUCCUGAAGAAGUUUGCAGUGUGCGACAUCCCUCUGUAUGACAUCUGUGACUACAACAUCACCAGGGACCGGUGCAAGGAGCUGGGGUGCUGUUUCUACAAGGGCGUCUGCUACGAGAAAGCUGUUCCCGUUUAUGUGCAGCUGUUCACCGCCCUGAUCGUGUUCUUUGUCGUGCUCUUCUUCAUUGUCAUCAUUUACAGGGUUGUACAGGAGACUAAAAGAGAGAUAGAGCUCUCCAUGAGGCCCACAUCAUCAGUCAAGAACACUGAGGAGCCCGAGCAACUGUCUGUUCAGGAAGUAGAAAUCAAGUCAGUCAAGCCUUCCAGUGCCUCCUCCAAGAAAGAGACUGGGAGCCAAGUAGAAGCUACACUGACGAUCUCCGAGCACGAGGUGACUGAAGAUUGA